AUGCUUCUUGUCUUUCUCUUCUGUUACUGUUCUCAGUAUGCAAUAGCUGUACCCUUUCGUUUCUUACCACCCCCACUGUUGGUCACCUGCUCAAACCCACAACACCGUGUCUAUCAGAAGCAUGACAAUGAACUUCGUGUUUCAUGCUUCUGGGAUGAGAGAAUUGACCUGAAGUAUUCAAGAGCCCAAAGACUGCCUUCAGAGAUCAAGAAGGAAAGGCUGGACACGGUACCCCCGCCUCACUGUCAGUGGUACCAAGACUCCAUCUUGGUAAAGAAUACAAAUCGCUGGUCAGGUGAGCUGGUGUUAGGUGCAGCUCUGACUCGGCGAGGCCUCCACCCACCAUGGUCUUUUACUCGUAUCACAGUGCAGUGCGUAUCAGUUUUGUGCCAUGUAGCCACAUGUGCCCAUAAGAACCUAACAAUUGAAAUUUCCAGGCAGGAUGUCCGUCUUUUCCUCCUCUCGCCACAUACGUUACCUAUUCAUGAGUGGCAACCAGUGCAGCUGGGAUGGUGCGCACGCCUCAAGAGUUCCACCUGGAGUUACCGCUUCAAGAGUCAAGGGGGUAUUCCUGAAGACCUCCUCAUCCCCAGCAACCUCUAUAGCGAGCCACUUGCACCUACUGUUUAUCCUCAUGCAGAAAUGCACCAAGCGUGUACAUCAUAUUAUAACUAUUACAUAACUGUGCGCUAUCGCCUCCGUGGAUUCUACACUGCCUCACUCCAUAUUGAGAAUGGGCCUCCACUUGGACGUAGCCUGAGCUUCUAUGUGCAGCCUACUCUGCUCCAUGUGUUCAGCACCUCCUCCACACUGCUCAGCCUUCCUCACAGGACCCUCAAUCUUUCAUGGACUCUCCAACCCUUCAGCUCCAAAAUAACGGCUUACACACUGGUAGAUGUGCAGGGUGUGGAGGAAUGGUCUCACUCCUACAGUUAUAAUCCUUUUGCUCUGCAAAGUGAUUUCUGUGCUGUUCCCAAGUCACAAAAUUCGAGGGAGAAAGUGGUGGCCAGUGUCUAUUUUCGUACUAAUGAGAAGAUGCCUGAACAACUGGCAGGAAAACUUGAUUUCUUUAAUAAGACUUUGAUUUUCAGAGCAAGCACUGGAGCCGCAACUUAUCUCACACUCAAUCCACAGAAAACCAGAAGAGGCAUCUACAUUUUUAGCCAUACGCUGGGAUUGUACUAUUCUACACAGGAGGACAGCACUAGGAAGGGCUACAGCUCCCACUUUAUCUUUUACGAUGAGCAGAGCCUCUGCUACCUGAUCAUUGUUGAAUUCGUGCAGCUGCAGUUGUCCAAGUUCAGCAUCCAUGUGUAUCUGAACCGGAAAGGGACUUUGUUCAGGUCUCUAGGAGAAAAAGAUAUUGACGUUCAUGUUUUCAAUGGACAUUCUCCUGACAAAAGUUUGGUCUAUAUUGUGUGGUUUAUUCCUGUGCAACAUCCGCUGCUGCAGUGUGAGUGGACCUUCAACCUUCAACUUUUUAAUUCCAGGAAAGAGUACCUCCUUUGGAACAACACUUAUUCUUACAGUAAUGGUGUCAAAGAUGCUGCCCAUUUUCUCCCUCCCUCUAUUUUAUCUAUCCGACCUUCACAGUACAUGGGCUUUGUAGCCAAAGUGAAUUGCAGCAAAAGUGGACUUGCACGGGCUGUUUUAAAAGCCAGUAUCAAUACUUUCGCGUCAAAGGUCCUACACCCAACUGUGGCCUGUCAGCAAAGUUACUGUCAUGAACUGACAGCUAUAAUCCAUAAACCCGAUCUCUCUGAUCCAAUCAUACAUUAUAAGAGAGAGUCAGCAAUUACCUUGCAAGCAACUGCAAAGGCACAGUGCAGGACAAGUGCAAAUAUCGAUAUACUGUGGAAAAUCUAUAGCCUUGAGGCUGCAUAUUCUAUUCCAGACUGGCCAAAUCCUCUUAAGCUACCUGAUGAGAUAAAUACAAGUGGAAUCAUAUUUCAUAUACCUAGAAAUGUCUUAUUUUAUGGCUUUCAUCAUGUAAAUAUGACGAUGACAGUGUACCUUCCUGCAUAUAAUAUAAAAAUCAUGGAGUCUGAUUCAGUAUUUCUCCAAAUUUUAGAAAAUGACUUGGUAGCAAUCAUAGCUGGUGGUUUGUUCCGGACAGUUGGUGUUUCUGAUCACUGGACUUUGGAUGCAUCUGCUUCUUCUGAUCCUUAUUCAGCCAACCCCCUUGAAGGAAUCACCUUUAAUUGGUAUUGCACCAAACGGGAAUUGGACUACUCAACAAUGAGGCUGAGCCCAGAGGGAAAAUGCUCUCCAAAUCAAGCAGAUAUACGCUGGACACAUUCAAGUGCUCCAGUUCAAAAAGUAGAACCUAAUACAUUUCAGGCAAACACAAAAUAUUAUUUUAGUCUAGUAAUUCUGAAGCAGCACAAAUCAGCCCAUGCAUUCCAAACAGUUCAUGUGCUGCCUGGUUCUGUACCGAUACUAGAUGCCACCUGUUUUGAAAAUUGUGGGAAAACUAUCAAAGUAACAGAGCGUUUCAUUCUGUCCGCAAGAUGUCUAAAUUGUGCAAAAACUAGUCAAACAGUCUACCUUUGGUCACUUCUUUCAGCAAACUCUAAGGAAAUACAUUUUGAUUGGGCUUCCAAAACUGCAACUGGGAGAUCAAAGCCAUACAUGCAUAUAAAUUCAUUGGCAUUCAGAUACAUGGAAGACAAAUUCUAUACUCUUAGCCUGAAAGUAAGCACAAAGGGAAGACAAUCAGCUGUUUAUAGGCAUUCAUUUUAUGUUAGCUCUCCACCUCAGACUGGAAAAUGUAUCAUUUAUCCGAGGGAAGGCAUAGCAUUCCAUACAAAAUUCAUUGUCCAGUGUACUGGAUUUGAAGAAAAAAACGGACCUCUUACAUACAAAGUGAUAGCACAUUCAGAUCUAACAAGAAUGACUGCAAUAUCUUCUGUGCAAAAUAAUACAUUUGGAAUAAUAGUGUAUAUUGGUCAUCAGCAAAAAACCCCUCCAUCAUUUCUCCCUGCUGGUAUUCCAUCUAAAAGGUAUGCCUUAGACAUAUAUGUUCAAGUAUAUGAUGCCUAUGGAGUAUUUUCUGAAGUAACUUUGCAAGCAAAUGUUUAUGAUCCAAGAAGCAAACCAACUGUUCUUCUCCGUGAACUGUAUGGUUUAAUCACUGGGCAAAGUGGCCCUAUGUUCUUUUUCCUUGAAACUAAAGAUUACUUUAAUAUAGGUUUUCUUACCUAUAUGGUGGCCUCUGUAUUAAAUAAUAUUGAGACUUCGCCAACCAAUCAAGGCUCUAAAACUGAUUUGCGGGAAAUCCUCCUUAAUGUGUCUGCAAUGAUUCCUUUGACUGAAAUACAGAUGAUAACCCAAACGGUCUCAAGUAUUUGUCAAUUGACACAGGAUGCUAAUGAAGUUAACAGGAAAGCACAACUGUUUGCGGUCAGAACGCUAAAAGAGGCCACUGAAGCUCUAAAAAGGCUCAGGGACAAAGAUCUAGGGUCACAGGAAGCAGAAGUCCUUGGCAAUGGUAUAUUUACUGGCUUGUCGAAUGUGUUGAGUGCUUCUCUCUUAAACCAUGGAAAUGUAAAUGUCAAUGCAAUUAAAGAAAUAAUUUAUGUGACAGGAAUAUUAGCUGACCUCAUCUUACAAAGUAAAGUCCCCGGGGAACAUGAAACUAUCAUGGAAGCUAAAAACUGGUCAAUUCACUUAUGGAAAGGUGAAAAGUGGGAGGUUUCUAGGACUUUCUCUAAAGGAAGACAAUGCAAGAACUACUUUUAUCCUCAGCUGAAGCAGGAGAACCACAUUGAGUUACCAGCAGAUGCUGUGGUUUCCACAGUUCAUUACGUGUUUGAACGGAAUCCCUUCCCUUGGAUGGCAGAUACAGCAGAUAUUCAUACAGUAGUGACUGGAUUCAAAAUGGUAGGAGUCAAAGCUAAUGGUGAUACCUUGAGGGUUACCCCCGAGGUGGUGGAAGUUAUCAUGGCAAGGAAAGAUAAGGACUUUGCAACGUUUAAUCUGACAAUUGGGCCAGAUAAAAAGCUUUCCAAAACAACUGGUGGAUUUAGUAUUGAACUAAAAGGAUACUUCAGGUAUGUAUUUAUCCAGAUUUUGUGCAGUAUGGAAGUUACUUUCAACAUAUCUAUCUAUCUGGGACUCAAUGUCAGCCAUUCUCCAAUAGCUUCUUAUAUUGUUUUCCAUGACAAACCUCCAGUACCACGUGAAAUGAAUACUGGCAUCACGAAUUGUGCAUUUAAGGCUGUGCGUAUACUUUGUCUUCCUCAGUCAUUGCUUCAGUCUCCACUCCAAGGCAAUAAAGCAAACAAGUGGAACAUUUCAGUUGUACUACAAUCACACCCAAUUGUGAGAGGACAUACCACAAAGAUUGUCCGCAUUGCUGUUUUUACAGCCAAUUGUCUAGAUCUGGAUGGCAUUCAGAAACAGUGGAAAGAAGGAUUGUGCCGCCUGGGCUCUCGGACCACCUGGUCCAAGAUACACUGCAUCUGUGAAGCAAAAGCCCCCAGCACAACAAGAAGGAGACGUCAAUCACGGGAGGCUUCUCACCCUGUCAGAUUUGUAGCUGGCAACUUCAUUUUGUACCCUAAUCCUUUGGAUAUAAACAAGGUCCUCUCAGCAGACUUUGACACAAAUCCAGUGACACUGCUGGCUGUGUUUAUCAUUUUUUCAGCCUACAUCUUGUGUACUACCUGGGCCAUGAUCAAAGAUAAAGCUGAUUUGAAAAGAAAAAACAAAAUACUAGUCUUACCUGACAAUGACCCCUACCAUAAAGUGCGCUAUGUGGUCACUGUAUACACAGGAAGUCGUUUGGGAUCAGGAACCACAGCAGAUGUUUUUAUUGAAUUGAUAGGUAAAAAUGGUGUCAGUGAUGUACAUCACUUGAAACACCCACAGUUUCCAACUCUCUUUCGUGCAGCCGUUGACACAUUUCUCCUAACUACUAAAUAUGAUUUAGGAGAACUUCUUUCCCUUCAUGUCUGGCACAAUACAGGGGGUUCCUCUCCUAACUGGUUCUUAAGCAGAAUCAAAGUACAAAAUAUGCACACUAAAGAAUCUUGGCUGUUUAUAUGUAGAAACUGGUUAGGUCUUGGCAAGGCUGAUGGCAAAAUAGAACGAUCAAUUGUUGCUAAAAACCUAAAAUCAAGCUUAGAUAAAAUGGAUUACUUCUUGAUAAGCUUUGCCAAGGAUUUGGAAGACAAUCAUAUAUGGCUCUCAAUAUUUUCUCAGGUUGUCACUGGUUCUUUCACGAGGGUACAGAGGGUAUCUUGUUGCUUAGUAAUAAUGCUCUGUAAUUUGCUAUUUAACAUCAUGUUUUUCAGUGGUGCAGAUGAUCGGGAGAUUCUUUCAGUGCAAUUACGGUAUCUGAAAUCCAUGUAUAUUGGAUUUGUGAGCGCUUUGUUUUCUAUUCCUUUACAAUUAACGAUACAAAUCUUAUUUACAUAUUCCGAGGAGAGGCCUUUGCUGCAUAACACGAGAAAUGGGUCGAAAAGAAACCCCUCCUUUAUGUCUGAAACCAUUGAGAAUGAAGGCAAAUCAGCAUAUUCAAAUGGGAAAGACCAGCAUCUGCCAUUAUCAGAAAGCAAUGCUAGCAACAAUAGUGCAACAGGCAAGGACACAAGUACUACUUAUGAAAUAGAGGAGCCACUGAACCCAGAGUUCAUGAUCUUUUAUAAAAUGCCACGGUUUCCAUGGUGGUGCAGAUAUGUCUCUUGGAUACUGGUCUUUCUCAUAUCUGGAGUUUCUUCAUGUUUCAUUAUAUUAUAUGGUUUGACCUAUGGCUAUACAACAUCAAUGGAGUGGUUUAUAGCAUCCAUGACAUCAUUUUUUGAGAGUGUGUUUUUGCUGCAAACCAUGAAGUUGUCUCUCAUAUCAGCUAUGAGUACUAUAAGUCUCAAAUACUGUAGAAACAUCCCCUGGAUAACCUCAGAACAGUACCAGAAUAUGAAGCUGAUCCAAUCAAGUGUGGAUGAUAAAGAUCUGAGAAAGAUUCACCAUGAUCUUGCCAGACUUAGACACAGCAAGGAAUAUGAACCUUUAACAGAGGAUGAAGUCAUAGUCUUGAGGAAAAAAGUAAGGGCUCAACACUUAGCAUUUGUGUUUGUAAAGGACAUCGUAAUUCACCUUGUCUAUUCAUCCUGUGUUUUCAUUGUUGCAUAUUCCACAGAACCCACCACCACUUUUUAUUACAAUAAAGCUAUAUAUAAUCAAUUCUCGUUUGGUUUAUCAGAUGUAAAUAAGCUGGAGCAUAUUUACAUGUGGACGAGCAACGUCUUUCUGCCCUUAAUACAUAAUGACUACCACCCUACCUAUGUUUCAGAAUCUUGGUCUAAAAUUCUUGGUUUGCCCAGAAUGAGGCAAGUAAGAGCGAAGAAUACUAAAAAGAAAUGUUUCCCUGUUCGCAACUUUGCGCAGGGUCAUAUGAUUAGGGAAAGCCACUGCCGCUAUAAAUUUAACAGUGAUCCAGAAGAUCAAAGUAACUAUCUUGGGUCAUGGUCAAUCCCAAGCAAUCAACCAGCUUCCAAGCACUCUAGCAGUUUUCAAGGAUUUACAUACCAGUCGGACAUUGACCAAUGGGAAUAUAAAUCGUAUGGUGUUGUAGAUUCAUAUGGGCCUGGAGGAUAUUCCUUUUAUUUUUUUCCUGGAGAGCAACGACCCAAUACAACAAUGAGGAUGGAUGAUCUGCAAAGAAACAACUGGCUUGAUAAUCGGACCUGGGCAGUGAUUUUUGAGUUAACAACUUUUAAUCCAGAUGUGGAUCUAUUCUGCAGCAUUUCUAUCAUAUUUGAGACUACUGAUGUAGGUGUCGUUAAUUCAAGUUUGGCAGUUCAUUCUUACAAACUCUCUAUUUUCCAGUAUGAACCCACCUCUAAGAGGGUUGUGUAUGGAGUUAUAGUGUAUAUUCUUGCCUUUUACCUUGCUGAUGAAUUUAACAUGUUACGUCAAGAAAGGAUAGGUUAUCUUCAAACAGCUACUAACGUAAAUAACUUUGCAAUAAAGACAACCUCUAUGUUUUUUCUGUUGUUAAUUGCACUGAAAUUUAAGCUGGCAUUUACAUUGUUGGAAUUUCAUCUACUCAAUCCAGAAGAAUUUGUUCCCUUCCAUGUAAUAUCCCGAAUCGAUCAACUUUUUAGGAUGAUUUCAGGUUUUUUGGUCUUCCUUCUGAUUUUGAAACCAUACCGAUAUUUCAGAUUCUUGUACAAUGUGCGCCUUGCAGAAAAAACAAUGUCAGUAGCUUUUCCUGAGUUUGUUAAUAUGACUGUGCUUACGGCCGUAUACUUUUCUAUAUUCACAUCAUUUGGAUAUCUAACAUUUGGCCAAGGUGAGUGGAGUUUUCAUACUUGGAUUCUUUCCCUCCAGACUGUAGUUUCAUAUUGUUUUGGAGCAGUUAAACUGGCUGGUCUUUCAUCCAACCUGUGGCUAGGGAUAUUUUUCCAGGCUUCAUUUAUGUUUACGAUGAUGUUUAUUUUCAUCAAUUUUUGGAGAGCCCUAAUAAUCUCUACUUAUAAGUCAAUGAAACAACCUACUUAUGACCAACAUUCUGAUGAAGCAGAAGCAAUAAACUUUGUGGUUCUGAAGAUCCGAAGUAUUUGGCUUUCCAUCACCCGCCAGACACCAUCCACAAGUGACAGUGAUCAUGUCAACACUGUAAUAUUUGGAAGAUCUGUGGUCAAGGAUGACUAUGUGUGCAGCUUGAGAAGCAGGCAAGUAAAUGGCAAGAAAAUGGUUUAUCUUUCUGUUUGAGAGAGACAGAGUAAACGGUGAAUAAAUUGCAUAUUAUUUUUAUCCCAAGCUGA